AUGAAAAAGGGGGUGUCUAUGUAAUUUAUGGCGAUUCUUCUGACUGAUUAAUUAGCAGAAGAGAACAAAAAAAUAAGGAGCUGAAGUAUUUGAUGUAAAAUCUGGUUUUAAGGUGACGCAGCAGCAGAAUAAUUUUAUGUGGGCCUCUGCUGUUAAAACUUUUGUUUUGGUUAACUGGGUAUUUGUUGAAAUUAGGAAUAGCAACUUGGAGUUCUUAGCCUAUCCUUAUAGACUUUCUGGGUUUUUCUUCUUUGUUUGGUUUUUGCAUUGUCCCUUUCACGUAUUUCACAAUCACAAACCUUAAUUACCUUCCUCUCGAAUUCACCGCGCAUUAAUUUCUUUUCUUUUUAAUGUUUUGAACUGCCAUUCAUUAUCUUUGAUUUUAUGGUUUUCAGAUAUUUCUCAUGUCUAACAGAACUUUGUUGCCUUUUCAUUCAUCAACAGGUCAGCAGUUCACAAGAGUUCAAUUUUUGAAUAGUGGAGCAAAUCACUCUUGAAUUCUUCACAUACUCCACUGGGUUUUCUGAAUUUUAUUGGACAUGAUCGCUGGUUAAGCUCCCUUGGCCUUUUUUUGGUCUAUUUUCUCUCUUCUUGCAUCCUCUCUGCUUCCCCAUAAUUUACAUAUUCCAUUAGACCUGCUGUUAGUGAAACCCACUUCUGAAAUAAUCCAAGAACUAUUCUUGAAAAUCCAUGGUUUUUGAGAUGGAUUACAGGCUAAUUUGGCAGUGCAGUUAAUUCAGUUCUUUCUGGAUAGUGGAUUGAGACUAGCCUAGAUGACUGUAGAUGAAGCUGUCAGCAGCUCCGAGUGGAGUAGGGAUCAAGACAAGGCAUUUGAGAAUGCCCUUGCAACUUAUCCUGAGGACUCUUCAGAUCGGUGGGAGAAAAUUGCGGCUGAUGUACCUGGUAAAACUUUGGAAGAGAUUAAACAACACUAUGAGCUUCUGGAGGAUGAUGUUAACCGGAUUGAAUCUGGUUGUGUGCCUCUCCCAGCAUAUAAUUCUUCUGAGGGUUCAGCAAGCCAUACUGGCGAUGAAGGAACUGGUAAGAAGGGAGGUGGCCAUUUAGGGCAUUAUAACAGUGAGUCAAAUCAUGAGAGUAAGAAUUCAAGGUCAGAUCAGGAACGCCGUAAGGGGAUUGCUUGGACAGAGGAUGAGCACAGGUUAUUUCUUCUUGGUUUGGAUAAAUAUGGGAAAGGUGAUUGGCGAAGCAUUUCCCGGAACUUUGUGGUCACAAGAACACCAACUCAAGUGGCAAGUCAUGCACAAAAAUAUUUCAUUCGAUUGAACUCCAUGAACAAAGAUAGGAGGCGAUCUAGCAUACAUGAUAUUACCAGUGUUGGCAAUGGAGACAUUUCAGCACCCCAAGGACCUAUCACUGGUCAAUUGAAUGGUGCUGCAGCUGGAGGUCCCUCCGGAAAGUCAGCCAAACAGCCCACUCAACAUCCUGCUGCACCACCUGGUGUUGGUAUGUAUGGUGCUCCAACUAUAGGGCAACCUAUAGGAGGUCCCCUUGUCUCAGCAAUUGGCACGCCGGUGAAUCUUCCUGCCCCGGCACAUAUGGCUUAUGGAGUCAGAGCUCCUGUACCAGGAGCAGUAGUUCCUGGUGCACCAAUGAACAUGGGUCCUGUGACAUACCCAAUGCUGCAUACAUCUCAUAGGUAAUAUGCUGCUUAGCUGCCAAGUGUACGAAGGACGGAAGAAUACUUGCUUGCGCGGAUAUUGGGUUAUUGGGUUUUCCAUUUAAGCCUGAAUAAGAUUUGCUUAUUUGCAAUCACAAGUUGCGUGUCAUUUGUUUAAUCUAAAUAAGCCAUAGUGAGAGAAUUUACAUGUACCUGUAUAGGCUAGGCUACUGUGGAAAAGGAAAAUGUUGGCAUAUUUAUGGGUAGGACAACAUUUUUGCACUUUUCUUUUUUCACCAUUCCCCAUUGCAACCAUUAGCAUUAGAAUUAGUUAAUGUUUAGAUAUUUUAUGGCAAAAGUUGUAAAAAAAACCCCCUACAUAUUUUGCUAUUAUGAGCAUAUCUAAGUACAUGUCAGAUCAAUUGGUUUUUCGGUUAGUGGGUUGCCUGCCUGGUGGCCAAGAAUAUGAUCAGCCUCUUUUUUCAGGAUCAAGCAGGGUAGGUUCCGUUGCGUUUUGUCCAGUUUUUCAAAGGUGUUUGAGAUGGCAUUUCACAGCAGCAAUGAUGAUAUAAGAUUGUUGCUAUCUCAACUGUGAUCUCAGGAAUGAUAUUCGAAUAUGCUUUUUGAACAGUUUUUUGUAUGUUAAAAAUGGCCUACUCGAUUGUAUUCCUAAUAAAGGUGCCGCUGUCGCUAUGGUGGACUGAUUGCUGGUGUGGACUGUGGAGUAGGGACCUUCCAUCUUUCUUAUUCUAAUGCCUGAUGAUCAU